AGUCCUGCAGAACAAAAGAUAUUAUGGAAUAGAUCUAUGGUGAAAUCAUUAGAAGAAUGUGCAAAUAUUACUAAUAGAAAUAUAAAAGAUAGGAUAAUUUCAUCGGGACGUGCUACUAGACCAGAAAACCUUGAUAUCACACCAUGGUACCAUGAGAACUUCUCUAUUCCAAACAGCUCGUCAGAAUAUAUGAUUCAUCGAAAAUUCGACUCCUCAAGCUCACACGUUACUAAAGAAUUAAAACUUAAGUUAAUUUCAAAAAAGGAUAGUAGUGUUGAAACAGAAACUCCGCAAAUAGAAGCAAUCGGUAUUACGCCUAGAAAGGCUUACAUGGAUUUAGUUGAUGCAAUCGCAUUGUUAGAUGAGACUUGUCCAAAUCAAGAAUUUAAUCCGUCCGAUACAAUAAAAAUAACAGAGGCUUCUUUAUUGCCAUAUACAGAAUGUAAAAAAGUAAAAUCAAAAAAUAAGUCGAGAAGUUCUUAUAAUCACGAUCACGAUCGACUUAAUCAACGUUCAUUUAAAAGACAUCGUCCACAGGAUAAGAAUAAAAAUCGACCAUUAAUGAAGAAAAUUGGAAAAUCGAAAACCGAAGAAAUGCCAUUUUUAAUAAGAUCAUCGCCGAAUCUUGGCACCAUUCGUAAACCUUGUUUUCAGAAGAUUAGAUCAAGAAAAGUUCUUGAACAACCUACUUUAAAUAAAAUCAGUUCUUUGAAAAAAUUUAUCUUUGAUACGACAAAUGUUACAGAAAAUUUUGUUGUUAAUUUUAAAAGUAUCAGCGAAACAACAACAGAUAUUCAAACUAGUAUUGAACAAACUAAUAAUCAGCAAGAAAAACAAUUGAAAAAGUCUAGAACGAUAGAAUUACCUAUUAGAAGAUAUUCUGAUAUAGGUCAAAGUUCUUCUGUGACAAUACAUUCCUUUGAAACAGAUGAUUUAGAUAAAGUUUUCUCUCGAAAGACACCUCUUCGAGAUUAUCGAAGAGCUUCAUUAGAUAACGUAAUCGAUACCGAAUCUUGUUCGUCGUUAGUGAAAGAUGUAAUAACGAAUAAUUCGAAACUUAGCAUGCAACAACGAUUCAAUAGUAUAGAUACAUUAAUAAAACACAAAAUAAACGUAAAUGAACAAAGUGUUUCUUCUAGUAAGUAUGUAGGUUCUUCAUUCACAGAAUUAGAUAGAUGGAGUAGCUUUUUUAAGAAACAAGAAGAAAUAAAAAAAUGUAUGACUCAUUCAACGAUUGAUUGUAUUUGUACAAGUUUAAAAAUCGGCGGAAGUACACCAAAUUUGAAAGAGUGCAUUUCAAACUCUCUACUAAUAAAUACAUCGAGUAAUGUAAAAGAACAACGUCAAAAAAUAAUCACUCUAAACAAAUUGAAAGAAAUUAGUCAUGUAAAAGAUAAAAAAAUAGUUAGAAAUACAACCUCGAAGUGUCAAAAAUGGCAAAUUUUCUUUGAACCUUUGCAAGACACAUUAGAUAUGUUUAAUGAAUUACGCAAAGUAAGCAGUUUACUGAAUAUACCUUCUUGGGAGAAAUUUUCUAAUGUAGACAAAACGUUUGUUCAAAUACCAAAACAGAUUUUUUUAAAUAAAAAAGAAACAUUAAGACAUGAAAGUAGCAGACAGUAUAUUGCAAGUGAAAGAAGCGAACCAAGCACAAAUAGUCAAAAUGAAAGAAAAGAACAACUUUCAAAGUUAAUAGAAUCAGUUCAAUGUAAAAAAACAUAUUUGCCAUUACAUCAUGUUCUUAAAGAAAAACAGGAAAUAGAUUCUAAAGCAAUUUCUUUAACCACUGCAAAAGAUUUAACUUCUCAGACUGAAGUAGAUUCUAAAUUCUACCUAUCGGAUAUUUUUAAUGUACCUUUACAGAAAAGGAAUGUACAAGAACAGGAAGAGAUGGAUAUGAAAAUAAAACAAGCAACAAAGGCAAAACACAAUCAUUGUCUUGAAAUAAAAGUUGCUAAUCCUAUGUUUCAAAAAGAAAGUAGCUCUCAGAAAAUGGUACAAAUUCAGGGACGGACCAAUGAUUUUUAUGAGAUCGUAUCAUCUAAAACAGUGCCGAAUUGCGCUGAAAAACAAUUGAGCAAAGUCUCUGCUGAAGAAGAUACAAAAUUAGAGAACUUUACCCUUGGUUCUAAGGUUGACUACCAGUCAGUUAUUGAGCAAAAGCGGACCAAAUGCUUUCCUUUAUAAUGCAUGAUAUAACGGACAUUCGAUGCGGAUUGUAUUAUUGGUUUCUACAAUAAACAUUACGCGACAUUCAUAAAAUUGGACAGGAUUACAAUCCUUUUUGAUCGAGCCUUUGAUAAUAAUGGACAUAAACAUAAAGAACAGCAUGAUCCCUUAAACACUGUCAAAAAUGAAAGUGGUACAAUACUAAAAUAUAUACAAAAAAGUAUGUGUAAUAUAACUUGUAUCAUUUAGUCAAUGGUUUUUGAGGUGCCUUGCCUUGUAUAUGUUUACAUAUGAUAUAUAUAUAUAUAUAUAUAUAUAUAUAUAUAUAUAUAUAUGUAUGUUAUGUAUACAUAUCUUUUUAAUAAUGAAUAAUUUUUCAUUUGUUUCCAAAUGUAACUAUGGAUAUAGCAGAUUAUUUAGAAUAAUAAUUGGCUUUUCAUGUGUCACUUUCAUCAAGGCAAGGAUUUGGAUCAUUUUUCUAUACUGCUUAUACAAAAUAAAAACAUAUUUGUAAAAUGUUGGUCUAUAUUACACAUUAUUUCUUUUGUUAUCAAAACAAAAAUCAUAGACCAACAAUAUUUAACAGUCCAAAUUUGACAAGAUUAUUAAUCAUUAUAAAGAAGGGAAAUUAGGACUUGGAUAAGAUGUGUUUAUAUAGAAUGUAGCUUAAGUGUUUAUAAAAUUGUUAGAAAAACAUUAUUGUAACAGAAAUGAAAUAUUGUUCUGUAAAUAUAUCGAUGGAAAGUAAAUAAGAUAAUUGUUAAUAGAAAUAAGAUGCGUCAGUAUGAAUACUUGUAUA